AUGACCCAGCCCAACGUGACCCUGGUGACCGCCAACCUUAGCGGGGCCUGGGCCAGGGCCGGUAGCGACGACCUGGGGUAUGGAACAGGAAACUUCUACCGUCCGUUCUCGGUGUUCAGCGUGCUAACCCUCACCCUGCUAGCCAUGCUGGUGGUGGCCACCUUCGUGUGGAACCUCCUUGUUCUCCUCACCAUCCUGAGGGUGCGGACCUUCCACCGCGUGCCCCACAACCUGGUGGCCUCCAUGGCCAUCUCGGACGUGAUGGUGGCCGCCCUGGUCAUGCCCCUGAGCCUGGUGCACGAGCUCAACGGACGGCUAUGGAAGCUGGGUCGCGUGCUCUGCCAGGUGUGGAUCUCCUUCGAUGUGCUCUGCUGCACGGCCAGCAUCUGGAACGUGACGGCCAUCGCCCUGGACCGCUACUGGUCCAUCACCAGACACUUGGAGUACACGCUCAAGACCCGCAAGAGGAUCUCCAAUGUGAUGAUCGUGCUUACCUGGCUGCUGUCCUCCGUCAUCUCCCUGUCGCCGCUGUUCGGCUGGGGGGAGACCUACUCGGAGGAGGGGAUGGAGUGCCAGGUGAGCCAGGAGCCCUCCUACACUAUCUUCUCCACCUUCGGAGCGUUCUACCUGCCGCUGUGCGUGGUGCUCUUCGUCUACUGGAAGAUCUACAAGGCGGCCAAGUUCCGCAUCGGCUCGUGCAAGACCAAUACCAUCACGCCUAUGGCUGAGGUGAUUGAGGUACUUUUGUUGCUAUAGUCUUACCCAGCGGGUUAAACUGGUUGAAGUUACAUCAAAAUUAUGUUAUUCCUACCAGUGUCUGGUUGUAAUGAUGUCUUAUUCAACCAGUUUUGCCUGCUGGGUGGUUGAAUGUUUCAUGUGGGAUCCACAUGAUGAUUGCGUUAAUAUUCAGUUGAUUUUAUUACAUUAUUAUUACAUUGACACACUCCUAAGCUCCUUGGCCAAUUUUGCUGGACUUAAUCAAUCAACCUUGACCAAUGUUCAGAUAAUGGUUGCGCAUUCAAACCUAAUCUAAAUAAUUAUCUUAAUGUACCUCAAUGAUAUCAGUGUCAUUAUAGCUCUCUCGUAUCUGCUCGUGAGUGCAUAUCACAUUAUCAUUGACUGAUGAGAUUGUACUGUAGCUCUCAAAUUGGUUGCUGGGCAAUUAGUGGGAAACCAUGUCAUCUGCAUAAUACAUUCUGAGCUGUUCUGAUGGUGCUGUGAUGGUGCUGCAGGGCUGUGGGAUGUGAAUUGUUCUUUAACGCUUAUCAGCGUGUACUGCAUCUCAUACUCAACAAACCAAUUCACAUGGAGGCAUUCACACGUGCAUGUAUGCACAUAGUCCCCCACACACGUGCACAUGCGCACACAACUACACAAAUCACCGUCAACAUGCAAAAACAAUCCCUCAAUGUGAAGGAGGAUCUUCUACUUUUUUCACACGAUCUCUCUCUCACAUACACAUACAACUGCACACACACACACACACACACGCGCACGCACACACACGCAGAGGAAAUAAACUAAAAGGCUGUUGGUAUAACCCCUGUUAAUCGCUAUAGGCACAGUGGCUUAUAAAUACCCAGCAUGUUUAACAAGGCUAGGGGCCACUGCACCUUCCUCACCACAGCGGCUCCCUCUAAUCAGCAAGGACGCUGACAGAGUCCAGAGACCCAGGCUGCAUCCUAAAUGGCACCCUAUCCCUAUAUAGUGCACUACUUUUGACCAGGGCCCAAUGGGCUCCGGUCAAAAGUUGUGAACUAUAUAGGGAAUCGGGUGCAAUUUGGAACACAGACUCACUCAACAAGGCCAAGCUAAUUUAUUCAAACAUGCCAUUUCAUUUUACUCUGUUCAAAGGGAGCUGCCUCCAUGCUGCCUUCACUCUCUCUGGUUAUAUACAAUAGGCAAACAGCAGCAUAGGCCUUUGAGCUUGGUAGGUUUGUUUGGAGACUAAGGGGAGAGAAUUGGCUGGUACAAAACAGCAAAAACUUAUUAAGACUAUAGGCAGCUAUUUCAGGCAUCCACCCACUGAUUUGGAGACACCUCAUUUGUCGGUUAAAAUAGACUUCUUAUAGCCCGGUAGGUCUUUGGAAUUUCAUAUACAGUGGCUUGCGAAAGUAUUCACCCCUCUUGACAUUUUUCCUAUUUUGUUGCCUUACAACCUGGAAUUAAAAUGGAUUUUUGGGGGGUUUGUAUCAUUUGAUUUACACAACAUGCCUACUACUUUGAAAAUGCAAAAAAAAAAAUAUUGUGAAACAAACACGAAAUAGGACAAAAAAACAGAAAACCUGAGCGUGCAUAACUAUUCACCGCCCCCCCCCCCCCCCCCCCCCCCCCCCAAUUACAGCUGCAAGUCUCUUGGGGUAUGUCUCUAUAAGCUUGGCACAUCUAGCCAAGCUUAUUCUUCAAGGCAAAACUGCUCCAGCUCCUUCAAAUUGGAUGGGUUCCGCUGGUGUACAGCAAUCUUUAAGUCAUACCACAGAUUCUCAAUUGGAUUGAGGUCUGGGCUUUGACUAGGCCAUUCCAAGACAUUUAAAUGUUUCCCCUUAAACCACUCAAGUCUUGCUUUAGCUGUGUGCUUAGGGUCAUUGUCCUGCUGGAAGGUGAACCUCCGUCCCAGUCUCAAAUCUCUGGAAGACUGAAACAGGUUUCCCUCAAGAAUUUCCCUUUAUCCAUCAUUCCUUCAAUUCUGACCAGUUUCCCAGUCCCUGCCGAUGAAAAACAUCCCCACAGCAUGAUGCUGCCACCACCAUGCUUCACUGUGGGGAUGGUGUUCUCGGGGUGAUGAGAGGUGUUGGGUUUGCGCCAAACAUACCGUUUUCCUUGAUGGCCAAAAAGCUCAAUUUUAGUCUCAUCUGACCUGAGUACCUUCUUCCAUAUGUUUGGGGAGUCUCCCACAUGCCUUUUGGCGAACACCAAACAUGUUUGCUUAUUUCUUUCUUUAAGCAAUGUCUUUUUUCUGGCCACUCUUCCGUAAAGCCCAGCUCUGUGGAGUGUAUGGCUUAAAGUGGUCCUAUGGACAGAAACUCCAAUCCCCGCUGUGGAGCUUUGCAGCUCCUUCAGGGUUAUCUUUGGUCUCUUUGUUGCCUCUCUGAUUAAUGCCCUCCUUGCCUGGUCCGUGAGUUUUGGUGGGCGGCCCUCUCUUGGCAAGUUUGUUGUGGUGCCAUAUUCUUUCCAUUUUUUAAUAAUGGAUUUAAUGGUGCUCCGUGGGAUGUUAAAAGUUUCUGAUAUUUUUUUAUAACCCAACCCUGAUCUGUACUUCUCCACAACUUUGUCCCUGACCUGUUUGGAGAGCUCCUUGGUCUUCAUGGUGCCGCUUGCUUGGUGGUGCCCCUUGCUUAGUGGUGGUGCCCCUUGCUUAGUGGUGUUGCAGACACUGGGGCCUUUCAGAACAGGUGUAUAUAUACUGAGAUCAUGUGACAGAUCAUGUGACACUUAGAUUGCACACAGGUGGACUUUAUUUAACUAAUUAUGAAGGUUAGUUAAAUUACUUCUGAAGGUAAUUGGUUGCACCAGAUAUUAUUUAGGGGCUUCAUAGCAAAGGGGGUGAAUACAUAUGCACGCACCACUUUUCCGUUAUUUAUUUUCUUGAAUUUUUUUAACAAGUUAUUUUUUAAAUUUCAAUUCACCAAUUUGGACUAUUUUGUGUAUGUCCAUUACAUGAAAUCAAAAUAAAAAUCCAUUUAAAUUACAGGUUGUAACGCAACAAAAUAGGAAAAACGCCAAGGGGGAUGAAUACUUUUGCAAGGCACUGUAUUCUGUCCACAGAAUAUAGAAAGUAUCCUUUAGCUGUUUUAUUAAAUUAUACCUCAACAAUGAGUCACAUAAUACUGAGCAGUCAAAGAAUAAAAACAAAUUGGCGCCUAGCAACUAUUUAUGACUGUACACCCUCUGUAGACACCCCAUCUAGUUUUCACAGAAAUGUAUUUGAAAGUUUGAAAAGGUAUUACCCCCUAGGACUGUGGUCUUUCAGCUGAAUUCAUUUUGUCACAUCAUUCCUUUUCUAUGGAGAAAAGUUAGGCUGUUUUCUCUGUGGUAUUACAGUUUGUAUACGUGGGUGUUUGGCUCAAGUUCAGCCCAGUUAGCAGUAUGGACAAAAGGAGUCAUGACUCUGAGGCGUGAAAACAUCUAAACACAAUGGACCAUGCAUACCGCAAUAGGGUGGGAGCCCUACCGGAAAUUUCACACACAAUUACACCCACUGGGCACAGAUGUCAGUUCAACAACUAAUUUUGAUUGACAUUUGAUUGAGUUGUAAACUAACAUGAAUUCAACAUAAAAUCAACGAAAACUUUACAGUGUCAUUGAUUUUAGUUUAAUGUUGGGUGAUAAAAAUACAAAAAAUCCAGAAAUUCCUUUAUGUUGAUGACUUUUUGAAAAUCCAAUCAGUUUUUCAGUGGAAACAACAUUGAUUCAACCAAUUUGCGCCCAGAGCGCACAUUCCUUUUGCAAUUCUAACAUGUUCCAUGUUAUUAACCUGUUUCUAAUGCAUGUUAAAUGUAUUUAAGAACAAAAAAAACUAGCUUUUCAGGUGUUUGUGAAUACAAAGGCGGGUUUAAUACAUUUUUUACAAUUUAAGUUGUGCUACAAUGAAAUGUGUUACAAUGUAAUUAUUGUAUUUCCAACAUGUUUUUAACAUGAAAAUGUCAAGUAGGCUAGCCUACAGUACCUCUGAGUGGAUUGGAGGUAGGUCUGGCCUUACUUUCAACCCAUCUCUAAAUGCAAUCCCUUAACCCCCUGGUGUGGCUCAGUGGAGUAGAACCCCUGUGAUCUAAUAGGAAAUUAUAUUGAUAUUUAUUCUACCACUACUUGGUAUGCAAAAGGGAUCAGCUAUGAUUAAUCCAGUUGAGCCUAUCAAACAACAUCAAACAACAUUGCUAUUGCUUGUGUACUGUGUAUGACUUGAAUUUGCAUGUCUUAAACUCCACUGCAAGCAAUUUAGUUAAGUCACUUAGUUACUGAUAGUUGGCUGCCUUUUUGACAAAAAAUAACAUUUUACAUUUCGCCAAGAAAACCUUAAUCUAUUGACUGGAGUCAGGCUUUCAUAUAUCACAGUCCCAGAUUGGCCAUGCAUGAGAUCAAAAUGAUAGUUUUAACCAUAUACAUGAUUUAUUUUGGGCUGUGAUGUGUGGUAAGACAGUUAAACUAAGCGUGUGAGGCAUUUAUAAGCUAUAUUCUUCAAGAAUCAAUGGCUAUAUCAUUCAUUUAGAAGUACAAAAAUGGAUGUAUCAACCCCAGAUUGACCAUUUAAACUGUAAUAUUAGACUGCCCUUCAAUUUGGCGUCAGCAAUUUACCCCCAGCCACUAUGCUUUUAACCCCUACCCUCUGCUGCAAAUACAUUAUUUUGAUUGUUUGUUUUAUUGUUUUAAUUGACCAGGCCUGCAUCCCAAAUGGCACCCUAUUCCCUAUUUUGUGCACUACUUUUGACCAGGACCCAUAGGGUGCCAUUUGGGACGCAGGCCAGAUGUGAUCUGCUGAGCGGUAAAGUGUAGGUUUAUAAACAGCUCAUGCAGAAUGACCUGCAGGGUCAGGUGUAGAGAGAAACACUACUCCACCAGGCUCAACAUAACAGUGCACCUGCCUGGAAAUGAGAAAUGGGCGGAUAGAUUGAAGCAUGGUGUUUUCAUUCCAUUACUUCCAUUUAACAGCCCUCUCUGUAUGAGUCACAAGUGCAGGUUGAUGGCUUGAGUUCUGGCAGGGGGUUGUCGUUUAUGCCCUGUAUCGUUUAGCUCAAUGAUUGAUUCAUUAGAGGCUAUUUUGCUUGUUUUUGCUUGAUUUAUUAAUUUUCCCAUUGGGUUCAGCUAGCUGACUGGUUGCUCAAUUAACUAAUUGAUUGGCUGGUUCUUUUACUAAUGUGAGUAUCGAUUGGUUGACUGAUUGACUGACUAACUGACUGACUGAUUGACUGAGAACAAAAUAAGUUGUGGCUUACAGUAUGUCUCAAAAAUUGUAAAACUGAAAGCCUGCGACAAACACUGACUAAUUGAUUGGUCUGUUCUUUAACUUAUUUUAGUAAUGUGAGUAUCAAUUUGUUGACUGAUUUGAUUGCCUGACUGAUUGACUAACUGGUUGGCUGACUGAUUUGAUUGACAGGUGAAGGAGGCGUCGCGGCAGCCCCAGAUGGUGUUCACGGUACGCCACGCCACCGUGACCUUCCAGACGGACGGCGACACGUGGCGCGAGCAGAAGGAGAAGAAGGCGGCGCUGAUGGUGGGCAUCCUGAUCGGAGUCUUCGUCCUCUGCUGGAUCCCCUUCUUCCUCACGGAGCUCAUCAUCCCGCUGUGCCACUGCGACAUCCCGCCCAUCUGGAAGAGCAUCUUCCUGUGGCUGGGCUACUCCAACUCCUUCUUCAACCCGCUUAUCUACACCGCCUUUAACAAGAACUACAACAACGCCCUUAGGAACCUGUUCUCCCGUCAACACUGA